GUCAUAAUGGCACCAUCUUCUAGACCGCGCAGCAGAGCAGAGAGUCGAGGGGCGCUUGCCCCGACCACUGUUCCACUAUCCGCUUCUUCCAUUGGUGUUGGUAGAGCAAUGGAGGAAGCGCAUAUCGGAACAAUCAGCAGCUCUCUCCCUCCGACACCCGCGUUUACUGCACUACCUCGGAGGCCGGCGAGCGCACAACGGCGAAACAGGAUUCUUUUUGGCAUCCCGAAAGAUACAACAACCUCGUCUUUUGGUACUGGUGGAGGUAGCAACAUCGGUUCCAAGAGUGGUGCAGGUGGAUGUGGUUCUAGUUGUAGCAGUGGAGCUCCUCUUACCGGUUUUUCUGCCUCUUCAUCCUCCUCAACGUUUUCACCUUUUGUAGACACAACUACACCUCCACGUCGUACUUCUUCGACGAGAACACCUUUAUUUGUAGAAGGUACAACGACGUCGAGGUCGACUUCAUCUUCUAGUGUGGCUGCUUCAUCACCACCACAUGAAGAAGAGGAUAUUUCGGCUCUCCAGACACGCUUGGAUGCGGAGCUAGAGCAGGCUCGCGCAUGUCUACGGCUAGAUGCGGAGAGAGUGCGGACAUCGGCUCUGGAGCAGGAACUACGGCAGAGCUAUGCGGCUGCACUAGCGAAGGUCGAAAGCGCUUUUGUUAUGAUAUUUGAUGACGUGAAUAAUUUGUUGUGCCUUAGAACAAGUAGCUAAGAUAUGAUGACGUGAAUAAUUUGUUGUGCCUUAGCUAACUAGCUAGUAAAGGUGAACGCGGCGAUUUUGUUAUGAUGUGAGAAGUAUGUAAAUACUCUCUCAUGUUGAUUGAACACUUCUCAACUCUCUGUUGGUUGAUAUAAUUGAUUGUAAUUGCAGUAGCGCCGUUGAGAGUAAAACUUCGUUCUCAAAGCAGUAGCUCUGCUCCUCUGUAUCUUGGCCUCUCCGGAUAAGCUCGACAGUAAGAGCAUUUUUAACUUUGCAGCGCAGGCUGAAGAGCGUGAGGCGGUUUGGCGGCACAGAGAAGUGGAGUCGAAGAAACGACAGGCAGAGGAAACUGCCAAAAAAGUGGAGGAAGCCAAUGCGACCAUUACCGCAAAAUUGGAGCACGAGCAUCGUGAAGCUGAUAGAGUACGAGAACAAGAGAUUCAGCGAAUACUUAAGAAUGGAGGCUUUCUCUUUUCCAUCAUUGUUAACGUCACUCACGGCUCUGAUGUAUGUUUAUCUUUCAGAGAUAGAAGCGUAAAUAAGUGUCUAUCAGAAGACAAAAAACAAGGGCUCCAUUAUCCUUUCAUCUUCAGGGUUCUACUUAUGCAACCGUAACUAUCAUGCCAUAAUAUGGUAAAAAGACGAAGACCCUGCCUUUCUCUAAGGGAAAGUCACUCCUGA